AAAGCCAAGAAGAUGUCACCAGAAAUAACAUCAAACACAUUUCUCACCUACACAUGCACAAACACAAGCAAAGCGUCCAGUCAACAGCCAGCUCAACCCCCUGAAACAACCAUCUUUUUCAUCUCCGGGAAUCCGGGUCUCAUCGGCUAUUACCACCCAUUCCUAUCUCUGCUAUCAACAUAUCUAACACCAGAGAAUAUCACUGAAAAUGAGAAUGGGGAUAUUCAACCCUCAUUUCAGAUCUACGGCUGUUCUCUCGGCGGGUUCGAGCUACAUGAUGCAAAGACCCCAAACAAACCCCCAAAGAAUCAAUCCGACAAUGUUGAUCUAGAUCUUGAAGAUCAGAUCCGUUUCUUACAGGGGAAACUCAGUACCAUAAUGAAAAAAGAAACCAGUUCUAUUACAGUUGGCAAGAAACGCAAGGUCAUCCUAAUUGGACACUCAGUCGGUGCAUACAUCGCCAUGGAAAUCCUACGCCGGCAUCGCGAGAAUAUUUCUGGCUCUGACUCCAAAGAAGAAAAAGGAAACGAGUUCGAUAUCAUCGGCGGCGCAAUGCUUUUCCCUACUGUGGUUGAUAUUGCGGCUUCAGCAUCUGGUCGGAAAUUGACGACUCUCUUAUCAAUAAUUCCUCAGUUCGCCGCUGUCAUCGGCUUCUUCGCGAGACUACUCACACUACUACUUCCGGCAUCUAUUCUACGGGCUUUGGUGCGGUUUGUCAUGAAUGAUCCCCCGGCCCAUGCAUUAGAUGCGACUUGCUCGUUCUUGGCAAGUUCUGGUGGUGUCAGGCAGGCUUUACAUAUGGCCGCUGAUGAAAUGCGCACUAUCACUUCUGAUAAAUGGAGUGAUGAUGUCUGGGGUGUUGCAACUGCACGUGAACCUCUGACCAAAUUAUUUUUCUAUUUUGGGCGGAAGGAUCAUUGGGUUGCUGAUCAGACGAGGGAUGAGAUUAUUGCUGUGCGGGGAGGGGAAGGGCGUGGACCGAUUAUGUUGGUUUGUGAGGAGGAUUUGCCGCAUGCUUUUUGUCUCGAACAUAGUGAUACCAUGGCACGUAAGACAGCGGCGAUGAUUAGAUUGAUUGUGGGUUGA